ACGGUAAAUGUGUAAAUAGUGUACAGUGUAUAAAAAUGCUGAGGAACAUUUCUUUUUUCACAAUUUGGUAUUUAGUUAUAUAUUAAAAUUAUUAUGAUCAAUGUCGACGGACGGUGGUACAUAUCCCGUGACAUGGAGGUUUAAUACUGUCAUCGGGCCACGCCUCUUUUAUAUAUCAUGACAGCUCAAAGUUGUGAACAAUGCAAAGUUCCGUUACAUAAUAUUAAAUCCGUCCAGCCAAACUUAUAACUCGGACUGACUGGAUUUACUAUCAAGAAUGACGGAGGUACAGGUCUUGGAUGAGGGUGGGGACCCUAUUACUAUGUUAGACUUCGGCAGUUUCCGGUCCUCCCUGUUUGGUCACACCGUUGACUACAUCCGGGACGUCAACAAGCGCCUGCCAGACUUUCAGUUCCGGGACGGUGACAUUCUUCUGGCAUCAUACCCAAAAGCAGGUUGCACGUGGACGUAUGAGAUCAUGACGAUGUUACUACAGGGGCGUGCAGAGGGGCCAUCGUACAGCAAGAUGCAUGUGAUGCUCGAGGCGUCUGCACCGGAGAACUUGGAGGGCCUGACGUCACCAAGGUUCCUUAACUCACACCUGUCGUACAGCAGGAUCCCAGCUGACAUCCGCCAGAAGCGAGUGAAGGUGGUGUUUGUGGCGCGGAACCCCAAGGACGCCGCUGUCUCUCUCUACAACAUGAUGUCCGGAAUGAAACAUUACAGUUACAGUGGAUCAUUUGCUAACUGGCUUCCGCUGUACAUGCGCGGCGGACUUGCAUACCAGGCAUAUCCAAAAUAUCUUCUGGGAUGGGAAGAAGUCUACAAAAGCAAGCAACAUGAAAUGAUCGUGCUCUAUUACGAAGACCUUAAAAAAGAUAUGGCCAAAGAAAUCAGAAGUUUGGCCCAGUUUUUGGAUCUUCCGGAAAACGAGAAACUGGUUGAGGAAAUUGCGGAAAAGUGUCAGUUUCACGAAAUGAAGACAAGAUUUGAUGCCAAAAUGCUGGGAACUAGCUCCUAUAAGUCGGGUACUAACUACGGCUUUAUGAGAAAAGGCGAGGUCGGUAAUUGGAAACACUGGUUUACAGUGGCGCAGAACGAGAUGUUUGACAAGUACAUACAUGAACAGCUACAUGGGUCCAUGUACAAUUUCACAUACCAAAUGUGAACAAUGGAAGUGUGCUAGACAGAUCAAUUUUAAUGAUAUCAGAUGUUGCCUUUAAAGAUUAAAGACAGUCGUAUAAGAAAGUGUCUUACUCAGUUGAACUGAUAGAUUCAAAAGGAUUAGUGUGAUAUGGACCAUUUUUCCAAUAGAAUUAAAACGUAUAUUUCAUGUAAGAUAGAUAGAACAACAACAAUGAUAGAACUUAUAUUUUCCUAUUUCAGUUAAUGGUGAAAAGGAAAUAUUGAGAUCUUUACUUUAUUUUCAAUAGUAACUAUCUGACACAAAUACAAUACAAGACGAUGAAUAGAUAAUUAUAAGACAAAAUCAAUAUACAACAAC